GAGGCUGUGCAUACCACACACUAAUGCUCCUGUCAGAAACGUCAUUCUACAAAAAUAAAACAAAAUGUCAGACAAUAGCACACAAAAUGAAACCGACUGUUUAUUAGCUGAUAACACUGCAAAUGGUAUCCUGCUUGCAAUCUACUCUGUGGUGUUUCUGGGAGGAUUCAUUGGAACACUUAUAAUGAUCUUCUUGAUUUGUAGAACAAACACGCGUUCAGUCACCAUAACAGCAGUCAUCAACUUAGUGGUUGCUCAUACUGUCUUCCUCCUCACUGUACCAUUCCGGAUUGCUUACAUUAUUCAAAAGAAAUGGAUCUUUACCACUAUUUUUUGCAGACUUGUAAGCGCUAUGAUACAUAUACACAUGUAUAUUUGUUUUGUAUUUUACCUGAUUAUGCUAGGCACCAGAUUCGUUAUAUUUUUCCAACAUAAGGACAAGAUUGAAUUUUAUAGAAUCCUGCAUUCGGUGGCAACCAGCGCUGCUGUAUGGAUAGUCAUUCUCAUUAUUGCUCUUCCCACCUUCUUGGUAUACGGCCAAAACUCUAUUCCCAACUUACCAGAUCGAUGUUUCUACUUUCACAAAGAACUUUCUAGCAACAUUGUGAUUAUAAUGAACUACAUCAUAAUAGCUAUUAUGAUCUCGGUGGUUUGCUUACUUCUGACCAUACAGAUCCUCAUAAUUGUGAAGGUUGUCAAAAAAAUACAAGGCUCUGUGUUGGUUCAUCAGGAAUUCUGGGCACAACUGAAAAGUUUGUUCUUCAUUUUGGUCAUGCUAUUUUGUUUCUUACCUUUUCAUUUGUUUAGGAUCUACUACUUAAAACACACAGACAGUUGUUCCACAUACAAUGAAAUCUCCUUAGCCGUAACUGCUCUCAGCUGUUUGGAUCUCUCAAUUUUCGCCAUACAUACCUACUUUCAUAAAGUGUGCCAAAGAAAUAUGUGUAAGUGUUUAAUAUAAAUUAGGAGUUACAAAAUAUGGACUUGUCAUGAACAUUUGACCUGUUUCUUUAACUAACCGGGUGACAUUUCUUUAAAAUAGAAGUGUGUGUAAAUUUUCUAUUUUUAUAUA